AUGGAGGCCUACAUCGACGAUAUGGUGGUAAAAAGUAAGGAGAAGUCUCAACACCUCACUGACCUAGCAGAAAUGUUUGUUAUACUUAAGCGCCACAAACUUCGUUUAAAUGCCUCCAAGUGCGCCUUCGGAGUCGACACCGGGAAGUUUCUGGGGUUUUUGGUCACAAACCGAGGGAUUGAAGCUGACCCAUCGCAGAUCAAGGCUAUACAAGAGCUGGAGCGCCCAAACUCCGUGAAGGACGAUAUCAAGUUCUGCCCGCGCACUGCAAUCAAGGCUCAAGCUCUUGUAGACUUUGUGGCGGAAUUCGCCCUUGGAACGUAUCCAGUUUGCCUGGUUGAUUUGGCUGGUGCGGAUUUAGCACAGCCCACGGUUCUGGCAAUAGAAACGAGUGUUGGCUCAAAAGCGGGGGAAGGCCGACGAGCGACCGCACUAAAGGAGUCGGGUGACUUCUUGGAAGACGUGCUCAAUCAAGGCAAGGAAAAACACCAGAAUGAACCGAUCAGAGACUUGGAAUUGAGAAGCUCCCAGAACCCCUCUGAUUGCUGGAAGCUGUUUAGUGGCGAGAUGUGGAAGCUCUUCGUCGAUGGGGCAUCCAACAGGCAUGGGGCCGGGCUGGGUAUCGUACUAACUUCACCGGAUGGGCUGAUUAUCGAGCAGGCAAUUACGCUCAGCUUCCUAGCAUCCAACAACGAAGCGGAGUAUGAAGCUCUCAUUGCCGGACUAAGAAGUGCAUUGAGAAUGAAGGCGUCAGCCCUGAUGGUAUUCAGCGAUUCCAAGCUGGUGGUCAAUCAGACAGCUUUUCCUAACCCCUUGAUAAUAGAAUUUUUACCUCGGCCAAGUAUUGAGGAACCGGAAAUGACCGAGGUGCUCUGCGCCGACUUGGGUCCUUCCUGGAUGGACCCCAUCAUCGUCUUCCUGAAAGAUAGAGUUCUACCGGAAGAGAAGAAGGCGGCCAACAAGAUCCGGGCCAAGUCAGAACAGUUUUGGCUCUCCCCGUCCGGAGCCUUGUAUAAGAAGUCUUUUACCGGGUCAUAUCUGAAGUGCGUUCACCCUGCUAAGGUGGAAGCCUUCCUGUAUGAGAUCCAUGAAGGCAUUUGCGGCAGCCAUACUGGGGGUAGGUCACUAGCUUACAGAGUAAUUUCCCAAGGUUAUUGGUGGCCGUGCAUGCAGGUAGACGCAUAG